AGGGGUGUUCUUUAUUCGGUCUAUGCAUUUCAACUGGCACGUGACUGACGCGUUCCGGGCAUUGGCGCGUCAACCACCUGUUUUAACUUGAAUCUGGCAGUCACCAACCUAUCGUCCUGACAAUCUUGCACUCCUCCAGCACCCGCCACAUAUCCUGCCACAGAGACAUCGUCAGGCCAUAUUUCGCUGUUGGUUACUUCAACCCUGCCAUUACCAAUAGCACGUCUGUAACUUAGGAUCAGUGGUCAGCAUAAUGGCACACACCUCAGAGCAUAUUCCUCGCAGAAUGGGCAAUUACUGGCUACAAGACCGGCUUGGAUCAGGUUAUUCAGGCUCUAUCUUCAAGGCAUACCAUGUUUACGAUGGCACCUUCGUUGCACUUAAAGUGCAAGAUGUUGACCACGAGUGUCCAACAAAUCGCUAUGAGCAGGCCAUAUAUCCUCUACUGCAAGGAGGAGAAGGCAUGCCCCGGUUGUGGGCGAGCGGUAUCGAGGGAAGGUGGCAUUAUCUGGUUAUAAGUCUCCUCGGAAAGAGUCUGGACAGUAUCUACCGCCAACAUUUGCAAUGUGGGCACCAGAGGAUGGACCUUCGCAGUGUAUGUUCCAUUGCGAUCCAGGUAAUCGCACGCUUGCAGAUCAUGCACAAUCGCGAAGUUCUGCAUCGCGAUAUACAGCUUGGGAAUUGCGCCAUCGGAUUGACACCCGAACAAGAAACCAUCUACAUGAUCGACUUCGGUUUUUCCAAACGCUAUAUCGAUCCCUACACGCGGCGGCAUAUUCCAGACUCAAAACAGAAGAGAGAUUUCUUGGGCAACUACUGGUUUACGUCGGUCAAUGUGCAUUGCAAAGGCAAGGUACCUUCUCGGCGAGAUGAUCUUGAGGCCGCGGCGCUGAUGUUUAUACAUCUCCUUACGCCUGGAGGACUCUCAUGGACACGGAACGGAGUUCCGAAAACCGACUCAGCACAUGAUCGCAUCAAGCGCGCUAAAAAGAACGCUCGCCCUGAAGAGUUGUGCAAGGGAAUACCCUCUGAAUUUGAAGAGUUCCUGCGGUAUUGUCGACGGCUGAAGUUCUAUGACUGUCCUGAUUACGACCAAUGGAAGGACGAGUUCAGAGCGCUCGCACAGGACAAUGGGUUCACUGAUAUCGAGCGCUUUAUCUGGCCACCACCGCCAGCUCCCAAGCCUCAAGUCGUGCGGCCUGCUCCUACACGGCCCACGAUUGACGCGGCAGAGAUGGAGAACGUCCUGAAUGACUUGGCUAAGCUCCAGCUCAACCCGCCUCGUCCAAUACUUGGGGACCAAACUAAUGUUCCCGCCGCUGCGCGAACAGGCGAUGCCAAAAAGCCUGCUGAAAUCAUAUCCGUCAGCGACAGCUCCGAUGAUAGUAGAGCGAAGCCAAAUGCCCAACUCCUUCCACCUCGCACCCCCGUGCGGACGAAGAAAGCCAGUCAGCUGCAGAAACUCAAGCUCUCGGUGCUUGAUUCAACAGAUAACGCUGCCCUUGCAGUCGCCGUGCAAGAGUUCACGAAAUUCCUGCAACUCGGCUCAAAAACGCUCACCAAAGAGGGCUUCGCCUUUCUGGAUGCAUUGUACAAACAGCUAGCAGAUCCCUCGAUAUUCGUGCACCCGCUUCGGACUUUGCGAAGUACGACUCAAGAGGACAGUCGUGUGCCCCAACCAGCACACGUGAAAUUAGGCGUAGUUGCGAGGCUUCGCCGAGAAGUGGGAACUGCAUCGAAUAAUCGAGUGCUUGCAAAUCUCGUGGCUGACUUUGGUGCUGUGACCAACAAGAGCAGUGGCAGAACUAUCACGAAGGAUGGGUUCGCAUUUUUGGAGGGAUUAGCUGCGAGGCUUCAGGCGUUACAUUAGAGAGCUAGAAGGGAGUACUUGCCAGGUCCCUCUGAUUAGUGAGGUCGAACUGCUCUUGUGGACUGUCGUGCCUCGCCUUGAUAGCUGAAAUCUCACACCCAGGUCUUGGAUCUUGUCAGGGGAUAUAUAUAUAGCACUUUGCUCCUACUCCCAUAUUAUAAUGUAUCAAUACGAUUUCAUGAACGAGUCUUAAAACUGCCUUGAACGCACCUACGUAGCGUGCCUACUACGAUCCCCGUGAUGGUACGGGUAGUUUGUUUGCCACUUUGGAGUAAACUUGGAAGAACCGACAUGUCGAAUGCUUGAGACACGUGUGGUCUCG